AAAAAUAAAAAACCUGGCCGGCUGGGAAGGAAGGGGGUCCAUUUAAUCUCUGCUCCGACCUCCCCCAGCACGGCGAGUCUUUGUGUGUGUGUGGAUGGGUUCCUUUUGGGGGGAAUAUUUGGGUUCCCUUUGGCGCCCUGCAUUUAAAUGGGAUAUACCAAUGCCCACAUUGUUGCUGUGUUUGGUUGUUACAUAGAGUCUGCGUGCUGCUGAAUCAGGGAGUCGAGUCCAUGCGAACUGCCAUCUGAUCCACUCUUAUCAAUGAAGCAGCAGAUCAUGGCGGAUGGCCCCAGGUGUAAGAGGCGAAAACAAGCCAAUCCAAGAAGGAAAAACGGGUGUAGGCCAUAGAUCAUGCAGCUGUCAGCAAACAGAUAAUCUUGAUGACUAAAACGAAACCAACAGAAGAAAAAAGGUGCCCAACUUCUAUCUCAAGAAACACUUAGGGAGGACUUGGUUAGUAAAUUACAGCUAAAAGGAUUAGGGAGUAAAAGUAGUGAACUAUGAGAAUGUAGUGGAAACAGGUUCAGAAACAGAUGAAGAGGACAAGCUCCACAUUGCUGAAGAUGACAGUAUUAUAAAUACUCUGGACCAGGAAAUUAGCCCAGCUAGUGUGCCCAACCAUGAGUCUUCCCCACAUGUGAGCCAAGCACUGUUGCCAAGAGAGGAAGAGGAAGAUGAGAUGAGGGAAAGCGGAGUAGAUCACACCUGGCACAACAGUGAGAUCCUGCAAGCCUCUGUAGAUGGUCCAGAAGAAAUGAAGGAGGAAUAUGACACUAUGGGGCCUGAAGCCGCAAUUCAGACCACUGGAAACAAUGGUACAGUUAAGAAUGCAAAUUGCACGUCGGACUUUGAGGAAUAUUUUGCCAAAAGGAAACUGGAGGAAGGAGAUGGGCAUGCAGUCAGCAUAGCAGAGUACCUACAGCGCAGUGACACAGCCAUUAUUUACCCAGAAGCCCCUGAAGAACUGUCUCGCCUUGGCACUCCAGAGGCCAAUGGGCAAGAAGAAAAUGACCUGCCACCUGGAACUCCAGAUGCUUUUGCCCAACUGCUGACCUGCCCCUACUGCGACCGGGGCUACAAGCGUUUGACAUCACUGAAGGAGCACAUCAAGUACCGCCACGAGAAGAAUGAGGAGAACUUUUCUUGCCCUCUGUGUAGCUACACGUUUGCCUACCGCACCCAGCUCGAGCGGCAUAUGGUGACGCACAAGCCAGGGACAGAUCAGCACCAAAUGCUGACCCAAGGAGCAGGCAAUCGCAAGUUCAAAUGCACUGAGUGUGGCAAGGCCUUCAAAUAUAAACACCAUCUGAAGGAACACCUGCGAAUUCACAGUGGUGAGAAACCAUAUGAGUGUCCAAACUGCAAGAAACGUUUCUCCCAUUCUGGCUCCUACAGUUCGCACAUCAGCAGCAAGAAAUGUAUUGGCUUAAUCUCUGUAAAUGGCAGAAUGAGAAACAAUAUCAAGACGGGUUCUUCUCCUAAUUCUGUAUCUUCCUCUCCUACUAAUUCAGCCAUUACACAGCUGAGAAACAAGCUGGAGAACGGCAAACCACUUAGUAUGUCUGAGCAAACAGGCUUACUGAAAAUUAAAACAGAACCACUAGAUUUCAAUGAAUACAAGGUUCUUAUGGCCACACAUGGGUUUAGUGGAGCUAGUCCUUUUAUGAAUGGUGGACUUGGAGCAACCAGCCCAUUAGGAGUUCAUACUUCUGCUCAAAGUCCAAUGCAGCACUUAAGUGUAGGGAUGGAAGCACCACUACUUGGGUUUCCUGCAAUAGGCAGUAAUUUAAGUGAGGUGCAGAAGGUCCUACAGAUUGUGGACAACACGGUUUCCAGGCAGAAAAUGGACUGCAAGGCUGAAGAGAUUUCAAAGCUGAAGGGUUAUCACAUUAAGGAUCCAUGCCCUCAAACAGAGGAACAAGGAGUUACUUCCCCUAAUAUUCCACCAGUGGGUCUUCCAGUAGUGAGUCAUAAUGGUGCCACUAAAAGUAUUAUUGACUAUACAUUAGAAAAAGUCAAUGAAGCCAAAGCUUGUCUCCAGAGCUUGACCACAGACUCAAGGAGGCAGCUCAGUAAUAUUAAAAAAGAGAAGCUGCGUACCCUAAUAGAUCUAGUAACUGAAGAUAAGAUGAUAGAGAACCACAAUAUAUCCACUCCAUUUUCAUGCCAGUUCUGUAAAGAAAGCUUUCCUGGUCCCAUUCCCCUGCAUCAGCAUGAGCGUUACCUGUGUAAGAUGAAUGAAGAAAUCAAGGCAGUCCUUCAACCUCAUGAAAACAUGGUUCCCAACAAACCUGGAGUGUUUGUUGAUAAGCAAGCCCUCCUGUUGUCAUCAGUACUUUCUGAGAAAGGAAUGACUAGCCACAUCAAUUCAUACAAGGACCAUAUGUCUGUACUUAAAGCAUACUAUGCUAUGAAUAUGGAACCCAACUCUGAUGAACUACUGAAAAUUUCCAUUGCUGUUGGCCUUCCUCAGGAAUUUGUGAAGGAAUGGUUUGAACAAAGAAAAUUCUACCAGUAUUCAAGUUCCAGGUCACCAUCACUGGAAAGGACCAGUGCCAAGGCGGUGCUGGCUGCCACUAACACUCCCACUAAAGACUCUUUGUCAGCCAGAUCUCCAAUAAAGCCUGUGGACUCUAUAACUUCACCAUCUAUAGCUGAACUCCACAACAGUAUUACUAAUUGUGAUACUCCUCUCAGGCUAACAAAACCUACACAUUUUACCAAUAUUAAACCAGUUGAUAAAUUGGACCACUCCAGGAGCAAUACUCCUUCUCCUUUAAAUCUUUCUUCCACAUCUUCUAAAAACUCCCAUAGCAGUUCUUACACUCCAAACAGUUUCUCCUCUGAGGAGCUUCAGGCUGAGCCUUUGGACUUGUCUUUACCAAAACAAAUGAAGGAACCCAAAAGUGUUAUAGCCACAAAGAACAAAACAAAAUCUAGUAGCAUAAAUUUAGACCACAACAGUGUUUCUUCAUCAUCUGAAAAUUCAGAUGAGCCGCUGAACUUGACUUUUAUCAAGAAGGAGUUUUCCAAUUCAAAUAAUCUGGAUAAAAGCACUAACCCAGUGUUUGGUUUGAACCCAUUUAGUGCCAAACCUUUAUACACAACACUCCCACCACAAAGCGCAUUUCCUCCGGCCACUUUUAUGCCACCAGUCCAGACCAGUAUUCCUGGGCUGCGACCAUACCCAGGACUAGAUCAAAUGAGCUUCCUACCACAUAUGGCCUAUACUUAUCCAACUGGAGCAGCUACUUUUGCUGAUAUGCAGCAGAGGAGAAAGUUCCAGCGGAAACAAGGAUUUCAGGGAGAAUUGCUUGAUGGAACACCAGACUACAUGUCAGGCCUAGACGACAUGACAGACUCUGACUCCUGUCUGUCCCGAAAGAAGAUCAAGAAGACAGAAAGUGGCAUGUAUGCAUGUGACUUAUGUGACAAAACAUUCCAGAAAAGCAGUUCCCUUCUGCGACACAAAUAUGAGCACACAGGAAAAAGACCACAUCAGUGUCAGAUUUGCAAGAAAGCAUUUAAACACAAGCAUCACCUUAUCGAGCAUUCACGACUGCACUCGGGCGAAAAGCCCUACCAGUGUGACAAAUGUGGCAAACGCUUCUCACACUCUGGGUCUUACUCGCAACACAUGAAUCACAGGUAUUCCUACUGUAAGAGGGAGGCAGAGGAGAGGGAAGCAGCUGAGAGGGAAGCCCGAGAAAAGGGUCACUUGGAACCCACAGAGCUACUGAUGAACCGGGCCUAUUUACAGAGCAUUACUCCUCAGGGGUACUCUGACUCAGAGGAGAGAGAGAGUAUGCCAAGGGAUGGUGAAAGCGAAAAGGAGCAUGAGAAGGAAGGAGAAGAUGGGUAUGAGAAGCUAGGAAGACAGGAUGGGGAUGAGGAAUUUGAAGAAGAAGAGGAAGAGAGUGAAAAUAAAAGUAUGGAUACAGAUCCAGACACGAUAAGAGAUGAAGAGGAGACCGGAGAACAUUCAAUGGACGAUAGUUCAGAAGAUGGGAAAAUGGAAACCAAAUCAGAUCACGAAGAAGACAAUAUGGAAGAUGGCAUGUAAUAAACUACUGCAUUUUAAGCUUCCUAUUUUUUUUCCAGUAGUAUUGUUACCUGCUUGAAAAACACUGCUGUGUUAAGCUGUUCAUGCACGUGCCUGAUGCUUCCAGGAAGCCUGUAGAGAUGGACUAAAGGGGCAGUUCAGCCAAGACAGAAUUAGAUGGAGUUUGAGCUGGGUAUUGUUAAGAACUGCAUUAUGCAAAAUUUUUGUACAGUGUUAAGGCCUAAAAACUGUGUGGUUCAGAGACUAAAUCCUGUGUUUAAUAGCAUUUAUACUUUAAGCACAAACUAGUAAAUUGUACGAAUUGCACUCUACUUAUAUAUCACUACAAACUUAAAAAAAAGAUGUCUAAUUUAUAUUAAUACAUUUUAGGAGGUGCCCGCACUACCAUACAUCAGUAUUAUUAUUAUUAUUCCUCUUUAAUUUAAUGUGCUCGCACUACAGUACAUCAGUAUUAUGACUCCUCUGUACUUUCCUUUUGCUAUUCAUACAUUUCCCAGUUUUCAGCCUAAGCAACCACACAAUUUUAGGCCUCCAUUUUUUUUUUCUGUGAAGGAACUUGAAGUGAUGCAUGUGUGAAUUUAAGAUACCGAAGUCUUAAAGUGACCUGGACAUGAAGGAAAAAGUAAGAUGAGAAAUAAAGAAAGCCUUUGUAAGGUGGUUUUAAAAGCCUUAUAUGCAAACCUUUUAAUCUGUGUGUUUCUGCAAGUGCCAUCCUUGUAUAGUGUUAAGAGGGUAACGUGUGUUACCUUUGCACCAGCUUCAGUGUUAAGCUCACCCUGUUCUUUGAAGCACCCAUGUCAGUAUUAGAAGAAUAGGCAGCAGUUCCUUAGUUUACAUAUGUUUGUGCAAUUUUUUUUCUGUACUUUUUUUGUUCAUUAAUUUUGUCAGUA